AUGUCUGACAAAGGAGAGCCAGUUUAUGCAGCCGCGAGAAACCCGAAAUUUGAACAGUUGAGGAGUGACCAUGAAACCUUUCUUCGUACUUUCGAAAGUGAGUCCUAGUAAAUAUUGCAUUUUUACGUUGUUUUUCUCACACAAUGUUUGCUUGAUUUUGGUUAAUGGCAUUGAUGUGUUGAUGCUACAUUAAUCGUACUUUUUCUGUUUUGUUUCACAGAACCUACACAGAUAUAUCGCUUUUUAAGGACACGGAAUAUAAUAACAGUGAGUAUAUUUAUAGUAUAUAUAAACAAUCUAAUUGUAAAAGACUGUUAAUUAAUAUAUUUGAAUAAAAUUCAUACUCAAAACCAAUAUAGAAUUAGUUAUAUUGUGUGAGACGUCCAAAAUCUUAAUAUUUACCCAUACACCUUUGUAUAUGGCGUCACCUUUAUGUAUAUAUGAAUUUGCGGUUAUGCACCAGUCAAAGUAAACCCUAACCCCCCUCACCCCGGGAUAUAGGUGGGGAUUGGUUUUGAAUACCGUACCAAAACAGACAAAUGCCCCACAAUAUGGGACAAAAUUUUCUUGCAAAAGACAAAAAAUGCCCCCCCCCCCCGGGGGGAAAUUGUAAGUCGUGUGAGUGAAUUUAUCUCCUGCAUAAUAUCUCCUCGACAAUCUCCGGGCCACCGCAUAAACCGUCCACAUUUUAAAAUAUUAAUACUUUGUUCCAAAACUCAAAAGAACGAUAAAAACAUAUUAAUAUAAACAAACAAAUGUCGAGCUUUCCACAACAAUAGAUUCCAUGGAUGGAUGGACAAUUUAACUGGUAUUAACAUAUAGAUUGAAAAGAAAUUAAAUUAAUAAUAUAUUUAUAAAAUUCCUCUUGAUUUCAUUUCCUCAUGAGCAUGCCAUUUUGUCCUUUGUCACAUGGUAUAAAAUGGUAGAACCUGGGGAUUCCAUUGGACAAAACGGUACAAAAUAGUACAAAAUGGCCGCAGACAAUCCCCAUUAUCUCCCGGCAUAAUUCAGCAGACUGACAAAACCAACAAAUUCCCGACAUGGUUGGGACAGAAUUCGAUGACAAAAAGCCACUAAAUCCCCACCAAGUACCCUCUUUGCCCGGGGUAGGGGGGGGCGUUGGGGUUUGCUUUGACUGGUGCAUUAGAGCUCGACAGGGACGUCGGAAGUGGGGGGGACGGGCCCGGAUCCCUCCACUUUUUUAGUUGGGAGGCCUAAAUGUCUUUGCCUCCCCCCCACUUUUUAACAAUGGUCAAUAAUAAACCACAAAGUCAAUUGACAGUAUUUCAGUUACGCGUGUAGACAAAACAAUUUGAGAUAUUUUAUGACAUUUUGUUACUUUUAGAACUCUGUAAAUUUCCUUCUAAGGCCAAAUAAAAAUAAUAGUUGGUUUCAGGUUUCCGAUCGACCUGUCAAAAAUAUGACCGACCUGUCAAAAAUAUGACCGACCAUAAACAUAAAAAUUAUUUUGUUUGCUUAUAAUUUAAUCAUUACCUAGUCAUGUUAAUCAUAGUUUUACACAAGGAACAGUUGAAUAAAAUAUUAAAAACGUACACUAUUCUGACAUUGCAGCUACCGCUGAAAAAAGGUGAAAACACCUUGAUGUGUUUGUUCCUUGCGAAACACAUGUAGCUUGUGGGGGAUCCCGUUAUUGCAUACUCAAGAUAAAAUAUUCUUUUAAAUAAAAUGUUCUUCCAACCAACCUACCCAUAUAAAACAUGGCUGUGAAACCUGAAACCAACUAUUAUUUUUAUUUGGCCUAAAGUGCAGGAAAUGGCAUUUCAGAGACUCUAGUUUUAAAAAUUUUCCCGGACCCCCUUGUAACUCACCCGCUAAGCGUGCCCCCUACUUUUAGAGUCGCUCCUAUGCCACUGCUGGCCUCUGUAGCUCAGUUGGUUAGAGCGCUGCACUGGAAUCGCAGGUUUGAUUCCUGCAGAGGGCCAGCGGUUGAAUUUUUCCCAAGUAUUCCUUGUUAGGUCUAAUAAAUGUAUAAAAUUCACGUACACAAUUUCCAUCGAAGAAUGACCCAUUUUUUUAUAAAUCUUCAAAAAAAGAAAAUCGGACCCACCCUGCCUACAUUUUUGCGACAAGUAUUACGAAAACCCAGGUAUUUCUUAUGUUGCUGUCACAAUUUAGAUGAAGUUUGCACUAAAUGUCACCAUUUUAUUUUCAAUAUGUUGCCAUUUCAACAAAAUGUUGUCUGCCAGAAUUUAUCCUAAUAGGACCUCGAUAUAUAUUCAUAUCUAGUACUAACAUUUUUAUUUUAUCUUGUACUAUAUCAGUCUAAUACUUGGUCCUUAUUUGUAGCCCAUAUUCUUACACAGAAAUUUAUCGUACAUGAGACAUCGGAGAACUAGGAAUAAUAAAGAACAAAGGUAUACAGUAGUGGGAUGUUGCAGUAUAUCUAUACCGAUUAUCAUUUUUUUAUAAAUACAGAUUAUUCGAUAUUUAAAUUUUUGAUAUAUCAGAAUAUCGAUAUUUUUUGGUAUUAUUGGUAUCAAGAAAGACAAAGAUGACCAAUUUGUCAAGCCUGCAGGAAAAACUGUAAAGUAAAACGUGUUUGUUAACUUUGGUGUUGCACAGGGAAAAAUAGGCAAGCAUACAAGCACUGCUUGCAGGAAAUGUUAAACAUCUGCAGGAAAUUCAUUUUAAUGAUGAUUUGCUAUUGAAAAUUUGAAGGAAACCUUAACACCCAUGUCCCACUAUGGUAGGACUGUUCGGUAUACCGAUAUACCGAAAAUAUCAGUAUUAAAUCAAUAUUGGUAUAUCGAUACCGGAUAUUCAGCCAUACCGAUAUACCACUAAAAUUUCUGAUAUACCGGAAUUUUUCGGUAUACCGUGUUACAUUUACCAACUAUAUGGCAAAACCAUAACCUUUAUUUUACUACUGAAUGGCUUCAAAAUUAUCGUUUUCCCUUUUAGAAUUACUAAAAAUUACCUUCAAAUUUCCAUUAAUUAAUGAAUUUUCCUUUAUAAUUAUCAAAGGAAAACUGGUAUACCGAUAAUAUCGGUGUAAUUUUUUCGGUAUACCGAUACCGGAAAUUGCUCAUACCGAACAUUCCUACACUAUGGGUGCAACAACACAUGAUUGACAGACAUUCUUUGAAUUUAAAACUACAUAUUGAUACAUCACUUCUCUCUGGUCAGCUAGAACACUACAUGUUUAUGCACAGAUUUAGCACAAAAAUAUCUCUUCAGGAAAUGUUUGUUUCCAGGUUGUGCUCCCAGGAAGAAAAUUUUUUUUUGGUUGUGCUAAUGUUUCCUUAAUCUGUACUUUUUACUUUAGGGCAAAAUUCAAAGUUGAUGAUUUGCUAGCAAAAUGUGAAAGAGAGAAUGCGGAGAAUUCACCACAUGGGUACCUGAAGUUUAAUUAAAUUACUGCAUUGAGAUUUAUUUCCGGUCAUAUGCAUCCAGUAUGUUAGAGAUACAGUAAAUGCCAAGCGUCUCAUCCCGAAGUUCAAGUAUAUCUACAGUUCAUCCUGAUUAUCUAAUUGAUAUUCAUAGAAUUUUGUGCUACAUAAAGCUUGUGGUACAUUGAUGAAAACUGACUCAAUCACAAAAUAAGCAACAACAUUUUUGGUCACCAAUCAGCUGCACUUUUGAAGUCUGAAUUUAGUUUUGAACUGUUUGGCAUCAUCUAAUUUCUGUACCCUAUGUUUUUUUUUCACAUUACAGUUCAGAAAAGAAUGGAUACCUUAAUUUGACAUUCAAAGGUUUCUUUCGUGGAUCAGGUACUAAUAAUGUGUUUUUGUACAUGUAGGGUUUGUGAUUGAGCAAGGUGCCCUUAACCUUGAUAUUUACCCACACAGUAUCUUCAGGGUUUUUUUCAGGGAUUUUUUAGGACCGUAAAACAGGCCCUAAAAAUUAGUUUAAGAAUUUCUAGGAAUUUUAAAUUUUGUUCUUACUAAUACUACUAAAAAAGGCCCUUACUUGGCCUUUAAAAAAAGGCACAAACAAAGGCAUUUCAAAUUUUAUUGCAGAAUAUAUUUAUUUCUUUAGUCUAUCCCAUAUUUUGUUUUUAGUUCAAGGUGAGGUCCCCACACCCUCCAGCGAGAAUCUUGCUGAUCAAAAUCUUGUUCCUGCUGAAGUUUUUAUUGUUAAAAUUUGCCACAAAAGAAGAAAGGUGCAGUAUAGUGGGGAUUAUUUACAUGUUCAAUAGCGGAUUGACUAAAUUACAACGUGUUUACAAGCAUUAAAAUUAUUUACAAAAUUACUUACAUCAAUAGACCUUACCGAUUAUUCUCUUUACCCAAUGGCCUCGUUUCCAUGUUAACUUAUUUUAGCUUGUCAGGGGCAGAUAGAGAUUAUAUUCCCAUGUUUUCCUGGACGAAUUUGUUUCUUGCUGUUCUUAGGCUCAAUAACAAAGUAAUUUUCAACCCCAUUAAGCACAAAAAAUGAUGUAAGUAUUUGACAUGAAAACGAGGCCAUUGGGUAAAAGAAUAAUCGGCAAGGUACUGUGUUACUAUUGCCACUACCUACACACUGGCACAAAUUUUUUAAGAUUAUUUUACUCUGUGUAACGCCAAACGAUUUUACUUCUCAAGAGGAGAGUACUGGCACUUAAUGAUAGGAUAUGAUAUGGUAGGAUAGGAUAAAACUUUAUUUGAAUACGCUGGCCACUUCAACCGAAGCUGCUUUCCAAGUGGGCAUAGAUAAUUUAUAAAAUAUUACAAAAUAUAUAAAAUACAAAGAGAAGUACGAAAAUACAAAAUAUAUAUUACAAAACAAAUGGUACAGUAGUCAAAUAACUAAUUCGUCAGACUAACAGAGGAAAUAUUCCUAUUGAAAGAAUAUAAAGAUUCGCUGUUUCUUAAGUAUUUGUUCAGGAAUGCUAAAUUGCAGAUUUUAACCCCACUAUAUCGGAAACAUUAAAUUCAUUUCCUCACUUUUACUUCAGGAUAACAGUCCACCGAUUAUUCAAGAACGUGUGGGUCGUUGCCUUGUGGCUCACAAUCCUUGCACUGAUCAGGAGCCGUUGCUCGAGUCUUGCAGUGUUUCCAUACCUCGCUCAUUUUUCAAUCCUAAAACCAACAGAAAUGUUCGUUCGUUCAUCCUGACGCUGGAAGUCAGUAUUCCUCUUGUUGAAACCACGAAGAAAAAGAAACGAAAGAAAAGUGAUGCAAAGCCUGAGCAAAAAC